AUGGCCCCUUCCGGCUUGGUCAUCUCCAAGCUGGGUAUACAAGCUACGGCAUCGGAUGAGGUAGUGAAAGGGCUCAUGUGUCUGAAGAUCUCCUUACCGAAAGAUGCAGAAGGACGACCAGGCGCAAGAUGGGCUUUGUUCAAUUCCACCCCACCUAAGCUUUUGUCUACUCCUACGAUCUAUCCCUUACCCUUACCACUGCCAACAUCUCGUGCACCACAACUACGCAAAGCCUCUAGGCUCCUCGCUUUACCGCCACCAUCCACUUAUCCACCUGCCUCGCCUUCCGGACUCGGCGAUAGACCAUAUAUAGAUGUAUCAAGUACGACCGGCAAAGUUUAUGUGGUAGUUGAUCCAGUAUCGAGGAGAAGAGGUAGUAUGAACCAUAGAUCUUCAGGAUCGAGUAGCGCUCAGUCAACUUCGGCGGGAAGAAAAGAAUGGUUGAUAUGUAUGGAUUUUGAAGUCGCACUCGAAAGAGGAGUGGAAGAAGACAUAUCCAAAGUACUAUUGCCUAUUCCGAGAUGCUUAGACAAUACAAUCCGUUUUCAAAUCCUUUCACCUACCAACGCAUCUUCUUCCUCUUUGACCCAUCAGGAAGUUGACAUAUUCACGGAUCCCAAGAUGUUACCCCUACCCACAAAUACUUUCCCCUCUCCGGUAUCGCAAAGUAAAGCACGGGUAACAGGUAGGAAAGUGAAAGGAAAGGGCAAGAUAAAAGCUACAGUUGGAGAAGAAGGUUGGGAGGAUGGAGAGGUUCUAGGUCCAGAUGAUGUGCCUACAGAGAGUGACGAGGAUACUGAAGUUAGUGAUGAUGAUGACGAUGAUAGUGAAGAAGAUGGUGGAAGCUGGCUGGAAGGUAGAUUCCCGAGUACGGAAAUCCUACGAUUGGAAUGGUCAUUCAAUCCUCCUUCAUCAUCCGAUAUACCUUCCCUGCAAGUUUCGCAUAUAUGGAACAAACAGCAGUCGUCCAUUGCAAUCGCAUACCUCGCUCAUGUACAGAAUCAGGACAAUCUCGUACAGCUGGAUAUCGAUGUCCCAAACGGAUGGGGCUGGUCCGAGUUAUCCAUUCAAGGGGAAGGUCUGAGCAAUUGGAGAUGUCUCGAUGGUGAAUGGGGAUCUCAAUCCAGUGAUCCGGAUGAUACGAUGGAACAAGGAGAAGAAUAUGAAGAUUCUUUCGCCACAGUGAAAGCGAAACGUGCUCACCCUCCACUUACCCCGUCCUCAUCGACCCACUCAACAACCACCAACUUUCUACCUACCACACGGAGUACUUCUUCCUCCUCUGCUAGUCUCAUGAGACAGACGUUUCCAUUGCUGAACGGGAGUGAUAGAAUAGAAGAUUUCUCAUUUGAACUUUCAUCCAUAGAACAACAGAACCAAAAGCCUCUCACACCGAAAACUCUCAGGAAAUCGCCUCUGCCAAUGCUGGUGAAUUCUACGUCGUCUUCAACUCAGAGUAAAUGGGAUGAACCGAGAUAUGGAAGAUUGUUUAACCUAUACUUCAAGGAAGAAGAUAGCGGUGAUAGAACGAUUACGAUUCAGGGGACACUUAUACCGCUAGAUAAGAUGUUACUUGUCUCUUCAUCUUUACCUGUCAAGAUACCUUUCAUCAAGAUAGAUAAUGCAGAAUCCAACCAAUGUCUAGUCGAAUGUCCCUCAGCUAUAUAUGGGACUGCUACUCAGUCUUCAUCAGAUACUGGGCUCGUCGAUGUAUCCCUUGGAGGAAAAUUGUUCUGGACAGGCUCCGACGGCAGUACCCUAGAAGUGAAUAAUGGAAUGAUCAAAGGAGAUGUUCGAGUCAGAAUACGUCGAUCGCCAUGGGGAGUUAUAAUGGCCUCGAUGCGCUUCCCUUUCCCUCCCAAAUCGGAUGAAGUUGGGUUCUCAUUAAAACAUGUAGAUCAGAUAAGGGUGAUUAGGACUAGUGUAGAUGGAGUGGAAGUACCGCGAGCGAUGUAUGAGGAUGGUGGUAUAAGUCGAAUUAGGAUUGGACAACGAGAUAAGAGGUCUACGGGUGGGACUGUAGAGGUGGAAUGGGAUAUGAUACUAGGACCGAAGGUUGAAAUUGCAUUACCAUAUUUUGAUAAUGCUGAAGGCGAGAUGAAGGUGGAAUUAGUAGGGGAAGAAUGGAUACCUUAUCUAGAAUCAACAAUAACCAACAUGAAGACCCUCUCCUCAUCACUGUACACCCUUCCUCUCUCAUCUCCCAACCCACCAACAUUAUCAAUAUCAUCUUCUUCCUCGAUGACAUCUCGGAGAAAAACGUUAUUGUCUUUCUCAACAUUCAUGAAUUUGUUUUUACUGUGGUUGCUUCUAUCGAUGGGCCAGCAAUUACAGAGAAUCAAAAAUGAAGUUGAAUUUGUCAGAGACGAGUAUAGGGAUUUGAGACUGUAUGGGUAUGGGUCGGGGGAUACAGUCAAAUCGAGGGAUCAUGGUUCGCUCGUCACCACUACCACUACGACAAUCACGAGUACUUGUAUCAUACUAAAUACUGUGUCUGCCUUACCAUCGAGUAAUACCGGUACGCCUGGAAAGAUCCCGAAAGAGGACAAGAAGCAGGACAAUAAAGUAGACGUGGUUGUGGUCGAUCAUAGUGCGAGUUAUUCGUUAUCCAGAGUAGUAGCUAGAAGUUUGAAAGGGUGGGAAAAUGUAUUUGGACAUCCUACUGUGAAGACUAUCACUCAAGCUGUGAAUUGGAUUUGGACAGGUAUCUUGAGGUUGAUGAUACCUUGA